AUGGCCUAUAGCAUUGAAACUGUGAUUAAUUCUAGUGGUAGAUACGAGACCGAUGGAAAUGAUUACAAGAUCUGUUUUUUACCACAGAUUAGCUUAAAGACAGUAUCUUAUAUUGCUUGGAGCGUCCACUCAAUUUUCAUUUGGGGAUUUUAUAGAGAAUGCUUCGACGUAGCCCUCAGUACCACUUUAAUCACGGUAUUCAUUUUCGAAUGUCUUAUUCCUUUCAAAUUGUUGGAAGAGGUCUACGAACAAAGCUUGUAUAUUUCAGUGGAAUUUUCCGAAUGGCCCCCUCGAUUUGUGCCUGGCUAUGAGCAUGCCAGCGUUCAGCUACGUCUGGCUCGCGAGCUCGAAGAAGAGUUGAGAUUCCGAGAGUUUGAGAAAAGACUAGCGAGAGUCUGUGCCAGAUUGGGUGGUAAAAUGGACUCUGAAUUUAUCGAAGCUUGGAUAGCCCGGGAUUUUGAAGUCAUCGAAAACAUAUAUCUGAGGAAAGUCCAUGCUGGAUUGAAUAUUUCCGUUGCCGACUAUAUUGAAAAUAUGGUAUUGGGGACAUAUGGUGAUGCUUUAAGACUUCGAGAUCUUCGUUUGACUGCACUCGAGAAUCUCGAAAAUUAUGGAAUGAUCGUGGAAUGA